ACUUUGGCACUAUCACCAUCUUCACGAAAUCCACUUCAUUCUUCUCGUUACAUAAGUGAACAACCGCGUCAGGAGGAAAGUACAAAACUUUGCCGUACAAUUAGCCGUCAUCUUUGUUGGGGGUAAUGUGACUUCCGGCUGGGGCGGAAGAGGAGCUGAGUUGGAUGGAAGGCGGGAAUUCAGUCGUCUACUGAUUAGCUUCCCAUCUCGCCCUCUGGCGGCUCCGGACGGCAGGCCGACUUAGUGUGAUUACCACCAAGCUCCCAGACCAGCACUGGGGGCCCCAGGGGGUGAUCGCGCGCCAAGCCGCGGCGCGGGGUGUGUCCAAAUGGGAGAGGAGGGGACCGGCGGCUCCGUGCAUCUGCUGUGCCUCGCGGCCUCCAGCGGGGUCCCCCUGUUCUGCAGGAGCAGCCGCGGCGGCGCCCCCUCCCGUCAGCAGCUCCCGUUCUCUGUCAUUGGCUCCCUCAAUGGAGUUCAUAUGUUCGGGCAGAAUUUGGAGGUACAGCUGAGCUCUGCAAGGACCAAGGACACAACCGUGGUGUGGAAAAGCUUCCAUGACAGCAUCACCCUCAUUGUUCUGUCAUCUGAGGAGGGCACCUCGGAGCUGAAGCUGGAGAGACUACUCCAGAUGGUAUUCGGGGCCAUGUUGUGGAUUGUGACUGCACAAGAAAGGUGAAGGAACUCAGAGAGGGUGAGACAUAAGCUUGGCCACUCAGCAGUCUCUGAACAGUGUAUGUGGGUCUCCUUCCCUUCCUUGCACAUGGGGGGUCACUGCUGUCCCUGCUCUUGACUCCUGACUUCCCGUCUGCCUCCUUCCCAGGAAGCUCUCUCUGGGUUCGCUGAAGCCAUGGGAACAGGCUUUGUCAGUCUGAUGGUGUCAGGCCGGGUGGUGUCAGCGACAGAGGGAUGGUGGCGGCUGGGGACACCGGAGGCCGUGCUGCUCCCCUGGUUGGUGGGAUCCCUGCCACCACAGGCCGCUCGGGACUACCCGGUGUACCUGCCCCACGGGAGUCCCACGGUCCCGCAUCGGCUCCUGACCCUGACGUUGCUGCCGGGUUUGGAGCUGUGUCUGCUCUGCGGUCCGCGCCCGCCCCUCAGCCAGUUGGGUCCUCAGCUUCUGGAGCGCUGGUGGCAGCCAGUGUUGGACCCGCUGCGGGCCUGCCUGCCGCUGGGCCCCCGAGGGCUGCCCUACGGCUUCCCCCUGCACAAGGACAUCCUCGGACUGCUGCUCCUCCACCUGGAACUGAAACGUUGCCUCUUUACCGUGGAGCCUUUGGGGGAUAAAGGACCUUCUCCAGAACAGCGCAGGCGCCUCCUCCGCCAUUUCUACGCCUUAGUCACGAGCACACACUUCCCGCCAGAGCCACUGGAAAAGGUGGAGGAUGACGUCAGCCGGGCCCAGCUGCCUCGAGCCUGCUACCUUGUGUUGGGUCCUGGGGAGCCAGGCACGGGGUUGCGACUGAUAGCUCUGCAGCUGGGGCUGCGGCUGCUGCUGCUGCUGCUGGCUCCUCAGAGCCCCACCCAUGGGCUGCGAAGCCUGGCCACCCACACACUGCACACCCUCAGCCCGCUCCUUUGAAUCACCUAGGACGGACAGCCAGCAAAGACGCGGGGCUGUUAGCGUCUCUGUUUAUUCGCUCACAAUAAUACACAGCCCCUGGACGGGGAGGGGUUGGAGGGGCAACGGUGGGGAGGGGUGGGAGGGGAGGAGGCGCCCACUUCCCUGGCCCCUCUCCCCUCUGUGCUUGGGGGGGAAGUGAGGGAGGGGCUCCCCCUUGCCCCCCCAGAAUGUAAACAGCAGCAGAUGAACAAAAAUAAAAAUACAAAAGGCCGGA